AUGAUCGAGGACGAUGAGGAUGACUAUGAAGGAUAUUUUCUUCGACCAGCGAACGAAUACAACAUCAAGGAAAAAAUUAUCCAAGCCAAUCAGGAGUCAUUCGCGAUACCGACGCCACCGUCCCCGCGACACCACGCGAACGGAGAACGGCGUGUUACCUUCCGCGAGCAGCUAGUCGACUACGAGCCGGACGAUUACAGCAGUGAGGACGACGGUUACGGUGGCACUGGUGGGGGUGGAUCUGGCCAGGGGCGUAGGAGGCACGCCACGAUCGAAACGGUGGCCGACGUGCACCAGGCUGGUGAUGUGGAUGGGGUCGACGGAGCGGACACUAUCAUCGAGGAGCUCCAUCUGCACGACCGUGGACAGGGCGGAGAUGUCGUUCAUGAAGAGCAGGACGAGGAGGAGGAGGAGGAAGUGAUCGAAGACGAGCAGCUCGAAGGGGACUACGAGGACGAGAUCACGGGAGACAGGAUGGAGAAACAUAAGACUGGUGUCGAAAGAGAAUCGGUGGUGUCGGAAGAGGAGGAGGAAGAUGACGAGGAGCGACUGGUGCGAGAAGAGGAUGGUGAGGCGGACAUCGUGGACGAGGAAGAGGAAGAACCAACGGAUGGGUCGAGCGUGGACACGGAGAUCCACCAUCCGGAGAGCAGCGAAGACAUCAGCAGCAGUCCGCUCAAGACGUACCGCAGCGAGGCCGACUCCCGGUCUGGCUCGGGAGACUCCCAGGGGGAAGACGGCGUCGAUGGAGACGAUGGAAAGGACGAUCGACAAGAAACAAACUACGACGAUGAUGAGUACGAUGGUGAUCACGGAGAGGCAGACGGCCCAGAUGGUGCCACUGGGACGGCGAACGACGACGAAGAUGCAGACCAUGGCCAAGAUGGCGACGAUCAGGACGACUCCGACGCGGAACGUCCAAUCGAGGCGCAUCGUGCGAAGCGGUCGGCCAACUGUCGGCGCAAGUGUUGCCGUCAUAAGAAGUCGACCAGCGAAAAACUGCCGUACUACAACGGGUAUCGAUCCGAGUACGGGUUGUCGCGCGAGGAGCUGGAGGAAAAGAAGCGACGGCUCGAGGCAAGACGGCAACGGGUCCGAGAGCGACAGCAACGCCGCACGGCCGAACAACGCCAGAAGGCACAAUCGAAUGAGGAAGCAUUUGCCGCGUGGUUGCACGGGAAGCUGCGCAACUCGAUCAACAAGCACCAGAACAUGUACGACGUGCGGCAAAGUUCUUCCGGUAAGCAGCAACAGCAACAGCAGAAUUCUAAAAAUCGCCGUAGAAAUGCAAUACAUCAGAUCUCGUACGGUUAGGACCGAAUAAAAAGUAU